AUGCCCGCGGCUGUUCACGAUAUGUCAUCAACUCCAACCUCACAAAGCGCCAUGGACGCAAACGACAAGAAGCGAAACAAACUGGGAUAUCAUCGAACCUCUGUGGCAUGCGUGCAUUGUCGACGACGUAAAAUCCGAUGUCUCGUCGCGCCAGAUGAUACUGAAGGUCGAUGCGAAAACUGCAUUCGAUUGCGAAAGGACUGUCAAUUCUUCCCUGUUGAUCAGCAACCGCCGAUUGAGAAAAAGUCACGACCGAGCUCAAGAUUGGAGACACCUUCAACUGAGCGCUCAACUACAACACCGAUUGCUUCAUCUCCAAGCAACCUGGUGCCUGAUACCACCGAGACCUUCUAUCCAUACCCAACAAUGGCCAUGGACACUCCCGCACAGGACAUGUCAUCAUACAAUGUUGGCAUGGUGCAGACUAACAUGAGUCUAACACCUGAUCGACCAAUGGGACCUGGAGACUUUACUGGGCAUCAACCGAUGGACCCAGGAGUUGCAUGGGACGAAUUUACGACAAUAUCAGACCCGCAAUUAUUGAAUACGAUGACAUCCGGAAAGGGCCAAAUGAUGAAUAUGUCACCCAAUAUGUGGAACGCAGGAAACAUCCCCUCCGGGCUACCGCCACCUUCACCGAUAUCCGCAGCAUCUCCAAUGGGAGGCCAACAGCAGCCCAUGGCCCAGACUCCAACAUACGCCAUGCAACCCGACGGAACCGUCUGGCAGGUGCCUCCUCCACCUCCACCACGGACGAUGAGCUACCCGGGACAAGAAAUGGGCCAGUCCUAUCCCAACCAAUUCCAUCCGCAGAUGCCCCCGGAGCUCAAACGCAGAAUGACCACUCCAGCACAGUCAUUGUCCGCACCGAGCGCCAUGGGCGUCCCAACUUCACCAGGUCCGCCAGAGAUGACACCCGGGUCCGUCUCUUACCCACCAGGCAUGAACUACCCGCAAUGGCAGGAUAUGAACGCCAUGUCUGGUAUGGGAGUAGUGCCUUACCCCAUGUACGCCGGCGACGCCGUUCCACAACAUCCUUACCCUCCCAAUCAUCCGAUGGGACAUCCCGGGGCUUCGGGGCGGUCUCCAAACUGA